AUUCAAGUUCCCCGGGUACAGGGCGCUACUGCUACAGUUCCGGUGGGUUCUGCAGAAACUGGAAAACUGACUGACGCCGCCUCGAUUGAGUUUUACAUAGACUGAACAGUACUAGUCAUUCAGUAUCCCUGCAUCAGAAAUCAUGCAGUCAGACUCACGUCCCCUCGUUCCACAUCACAGCCCGGUGUCAAGUUUUGAGCCUUCCUGCCUCGGGAGAGGCAGAAUCAUCAUCAGCUGUGACAGCGCAGAGAGAGUUGCUUGUGGACCUGCAAUGGCACUGCUCCCAGUGGAGGCAGAACACUUUGACGGGCUAUCACUCCUCUACUGGACAAUAAUGGGGCCCCAUGGCAUCAACCGUGCUGUUGAGAGACUAGACUUCACAGACUGUAAAAAAGGACUUGGCGUGAAGAUUAUUGGGGGCUACAGGGAACAGAGCGGUGAAGAGUUUGGUAUUUUCAUUAAACGGGUUUUGCCAGGUGGUGUGGCGGCACAGGACGGGCGUCUUCGAGCAGGGGACCUCAUUUUAGAUGUUAACAACAUGAAUUUAGGAGGUGUUACAAAUGAAAAGGCAGUGGAGGUUCUUCGCAUGGCAUCAUCUUCAAAUCACAUGUCUUUACUGAUAGUACGUGACGACGCUUCCAGGAGGGAAUUUGCUGAACUAAUGGAAAAAUAUGGCUCGAGCAAUAGCACCAGUUCUGGAUCAGACAUCUCUGUUUCCACAGGAAAGAUGACCGACACUGCCUCCUCCUCCUCAUCUUCCAGGUCAACCAGUCCUCUACUUCUGAGCCCUAAAGAUCCAAACCCAGUAUACACCACUGCCUGCAUUACCUCCCCAUCUCCACAAGUCUGCACAGACUGCAUGAUUCAGUUGAUAUGUGUUGCCAAAGGGACAGGAUUAGGCUUGGUCAUCAGGGGCGGAGCUAACCGUGCAGAGGGGCCAAUGGUGUUCGUUCAGGAAAUAAUGCAAGGAGGCGACUGCCAAAAAGAUGGGAGACUAAAGGCCGGGGACCAGCUCAUAUCCAUCAAUAAGGAGUCACUCAUUGGAGUAACGCAUGAAGAAGCCAAAAGCAUACUCACUCGAACAAAACUCAGACCAGACCCUACAGUAGAGAUAGCCUUUAUCAGACGAAGGUCUUCGUCAGGCUCCAGCAGUGGACCCCACAGCCCCAUCUCCCUUCAACCUCCCUGCAGUACAGCCCCCCAACUCAGGCCCGCUGGAAUGGGGGGAGCAACUCUACCUGGAGGCCUCGUUCCCAAGAUAGCCAACAGCCCCAACUCUGGAAGUGAGACGUUGCCUUCUGUAGAACUUACUAAGGUACGACCAGCAACAGUAAAGCCUAUUCUCACCCCAAUGUCCUCAACUGAGAGUGCCUGCACCACAGUGGCCAACUCUGAUGCAACCGCUGCCUGUAAUCCCAGCAAUACCUGCAGACCCUCAAAGCCUCCAUCCUCAAUUCCCAGCUUCGAACUCAAGCCCGAGAAAAUGGAGCAGGCACUGGAGGUGCUGGGAUUGAAGCCUACUGACUCUCAGGUCCUGACUCUGAGAGAAAGACUGCGUUUGAACCCAGGAGGGACAGUGGCUUAUGGCGAUUUUGAGAGAGUGGCAAAGGAACUCUUCAAACUACCGUCCAAGUCUGACUCGGAACAGGAAGUAGCGAGAUUGACAUCAGAUGAUCUUUCUGAGUCUCCAUCAAACCCUACGCCAUCGUUAUCAGACUCUGAUGAUCUGGAUGAGAUGGAGAGACUAAGAAAAGACCACAUUGAGGCCUUGAGAGAGCUCAAGAGAAUGCAGGAUAAGCUUGCAGAAUCCGAGAGCCUUAAUCAUAAGAUGCUGCAGGAACUGACAAAAGUUAAACAGGAAGCAAAAUCUGCAAUGGAGGAGAGCCGAUCCCUGCGGACCCGGAUCCAUCUGGCAGAAGCAGCUCAGAAACAGGCCCGAGGAAUGGAGAUGGACUACGAGGAGGUUAUCCACCUCCUGGAGGCUGAGAUCGCUGAAAUGAAGUCUCAGAAAGCUGAGCAACCCGGCUGGGGCAAGGAUGAUCUACAAGAUCUGAGAAAAAGGAUUUCUGUACUUGAAUGCCAGCUACGGAAGAGUGAAACUGUAAAGAAGGAUUUUGAAACCACUACGGGUAAACUUCUGCAGUUUGUGGAGGCUGUCCAAGGCUUCCUCUCUGAAAACCAAAGCGGUCCAAGCGGCUAUAGUUCUCCUGGCGAUCCAAAGUUAGCCACACAGUCUCAGACCGUGGCAUCCCGAAGUGGGAAGAAACCACCCUGGACAGCAUCUGCUCUUGCUGUGGAAGCUAAAGAACUAACUCAUGCUGUCAGAAGCAUUCUAGAGCUAGACUGUUUACCUUAUGGCUGGGAUGAGGCGUUCACUGCAGAUGGAGUGAAGUACUACAUAAAUCAUGAAACUCAGACGACAUCAUGGACGCAUCCUGUAAUGAGAUCUUUGGGUCUGUCAGAACCAAGAACGAAUGACCAAACCCUGAACUCUCCGGAAUCCACAGCCUAGACUGAUAUGAAACAAAGUUAUAUGUGCAUUAUAAAAAAUGACAAUCAGAUAAAAAUCUCCACAUUCAUUAAAUGAAUCUACAGACCCCCACACAUGACAUGCAGACAAAAUAUAUAUACAGGUAUAUAUAUAUCGUGGCCACAAAUUAAGAAUUCAUUCCAUGAUAUACAUAUUUUUUUUGUCCGCACAUCAUGAGCAGGGCUCCGUAUUAAUCUGACUUUCAACAUUAGCUGUUAAACUGAUAUUGAAAUAGCAAAUACUCCAGAGCUCUUUGAUGGUUUGAGAGUUUUUAAGUGUUUUUGUGUCUGUCCACUGUUUUUCUGACAUUUUAGGAAUUUCCCCUCAUGUUAUACUCUAUUCUGUACCUUGACAAAAACAAUGGACAGACCCAAUCUGUUUUUGGACUUUCAGAAAAAGUCAAACAUAAUUGCACUUGUUUGAAGUCAAAGGACAUGGUCUCUUCGGUGAAGCAGGAACUUUGGAGGAACACAGUGAGUUAAUCAGGAUGGACUGUUUCUGUGAUGUUCGUUCAGUUUGGCUUGUGUUUGCUGCUACUUUGAUCCACUAUUUGAAAGCAUUUGUUCAUACAGUAGAUUUGUUGAAACAGGAAUUUGUUUUCUUGUUCAAACUUCCUCGAACCAGCUCUGCGACAGUUCUUCGGGAAUCAUUGCACGGUUCGCUAUAAUUGUUCUCCAUAUAAAGAUGCAUUUUAAUUCUGCUGUUAUCCUUAGUGGACUUUCCAGCUAUUAUACAUAUAACUGUGAAAGUGUCUUCUCUUGCAUGUGCAAUUAGUUCUGCGCUUCCAUUAGAAAUGUGAGUUUAACGUACCCUAAGCCUUAUGUGUACAAUUUCUUGGAAUAUGACACAACAUGGCGCAUUUGCUUUGUUGUGAAUUCACUCUGCCUAACAGCGUAAAUUUAGCCUCAGAGAUCUCUUUACGGUAGAUCAUGAAGAGUUAUGUUUUUCCUUUAAUGUGUGAAUACUUUUGUGGUUGUAUUAAAGAUCAACUGAUAAAAACCUA